AUGUCGAGAGGAACACAACCUCCUGACCUCUCAAGUGAUGAUGUUCAGACAAUAUUCGAGGCAAUAAAUGUUUUUCUAGACGAAACCAUACUCUAUGCAUUUUGCUCUGGAAUUUAUACGGGCGUCAUCGUUGUCACUAUGUGGAGCAUUUUAUCUGCGAAGACCACUUCACACAGACUCAUGGGGAGCUAUGCUAUGAUAAUUGUCAUUCUGACCCUUUAUGUCCUGGACAUGAUAUCCUUCUCGUUCUACUGGCAUUUUCUCUGGCACACUUUGGUAGAUGAGGGCUGGAAUUUUUGGACCGAGUUUCUAGAACUCCAGAUGAACACUCCUACGUCCGUGAGGGUGUUGUGGAUUACAAGUGUAACCGGAGGAAUCAGCACUAUUCUCGCCGACAUGUCAAUGACCGUGUGGGGACGGAGAUGGUUAAUCGUCCUUCUCCCCAUUCUCUGCUCUCUUGCUGGAACAGCUUCGAAGGUCAUGCAUGCAUAUCUUCAGUUGCACGACACAUUCAGCAAUGUUCAGAAUGCUGAGACCUAUGCUAGUCUAGCGACAUGGACUAUUGCCUAUCUAUCUCUAUGUCUGUCAACAACGAUGCUCUCCACGGUUCUCAUCAUAUUUCGGAUCCUUACUGUUUGCAGGACAAUGCACGGAGGGACGGGUCUCCGGUCAUAUAAAGGUGCCCUGGAGAUCCUUGUGGAAUCAUUUUUGCUCUCCUCCACCAUUAAGCUAGUAUACAUAACACUUGUGGUUCGUGACAGCACGGGAGGGGAAUAUGUCGACAUUCUAUCUGGUGUAGCAAAAGGAAUAGCACCUACACUCAUCGUUGGACGAGUUGCUUCGGGACAUGCUCGCCCAGACGAUUCUUGGAGCGUAAGCAUCGCGUCAUCGCUUCGUUUCGGAGGUCAUCCCGCCAACCAGAGUCACGGUAGUAGUACGGAUGAAGAAGUUGGCGGGAGUUACCUCGAUGAUUAUGAACAUAGAAAUCGCACUAGCAGCGAAGUUCCUGGAGGCCAAAAUGAGCCAUCAGAAGGAUCCGUAGCAGCAGAUGGAAGUACGACGGAGAAUUAA